ACCAGGAGAGAGAGAGAGAGAGAGAGAGAGAGAGAGAGAGAGAGGAAAGCGAUGCUCGAGCAUGCUUUUCGUUUAGUGAAUGGACGCGAUUGUGAGCCACGUGUACCAUCUCAGAGGAAUCACGUCCGUCUUCGUGGGCAAAAAAUCGUCGAUGGCUGGAAAGAUAUCGUCGGAGAAUCAACACAGGACAAGACAAGAGGAGGAGGAGGAGGAGGAGGAGGAGAGAUGAAGAAGGCAAGAGGACGAGGAGGAGGAGAGAAGGAUGAGACAAAAGGAGGAGGAGGAGGAGCGAAGAAAAAAAGACGAGGAAAGAAGAAGAAGACGAGAGGAGUAGGAGAGAAGAAGACGAAAGGAGGAGGAGUAGGAGGAGGAGGAGGAGGAGAGAAGGAGACGAAAGGAGGAGGAGGAGGAGGAGGAGGAGGACAGGAAGACGAGAAGAGGAGGAGGAGGAGGAGGAGGACGAUGGAGGAGGAGGAGGAGGAGAGAAGGAGAACACGAAAGUGGAGGAGGAGAGAAGAAGAAGAAGACGAGAGGAGGAGGAGGAAGGAGGAGGAGAGAAGAAAAAGAAGACGAGGAGGAGGAGGAGGAGAGAAGAAAAAGAAGACGAGAAGAAGAGGAGGAGAGGAGGAGGAGGACGAGGAGGACAUGCCGAUUUUGUAUGGCGACGACGAAAAAGAACGAGGACGAGGAAGGAGGAGGAGAAAGGAGGAGAGGAGAAGAAAAAGAAGACGAGGAGGAGGAGGAGGAGGAGGAGGAGGAGGAUACAAGGAAAAGAAGACGAGAGGAGGAGGAGGAGAGAAGAAAAAGAAGACGAGAGGAGGAGGAGGAGGAGGAGGAGGAGAGAAAAAGAAGACGAGAGAGGAGGAGGAGGAGGAGGACCUGUUGGAGGAGGAGGAGGAGAGAAGAAGACGAAAGGAGGAGGAGGAGGAGGAGGAGGAGGAGGAGGAGAGAAGAAGACAAAAGGAGGAGGAGGACGAGGAGGACAAGGAGGAGAGAAGAAGACGAAAGGAGGAGGAGGAGAAGAAGAAAAGGAGGAAAGGAGGAGGAGGAGGAGGGGAGGAAGAAGAAGAAGAAGAGGAAGGAAGGAGGUGGACACCAAUUCACCACGAUGGCGAUAGCAGCUUGACGGGCGGCGAAGACGGGAGGGCAGCUCGACGGGGCAGCUCGACGGGGAGCGACGACGGCAGCUCGACGAAGAUGGGCGGGCUUCGAGACGGCGAGCAGCGACUAUGGCGGGUGGGCUUCGAGACGACAGCAACAGCGGGCGGGCUUCGUGACGGCAGAGAAGCGGAGAAUACCGCGUUCAAAUUCGAACGAGGCGUCGUAGGCGACCAGGGGGGGGAAACGAGGCCGUUUGUUGGCGGCUGAUCGCAACGUAGUCCGAAAACAAGAAGAACUUCGAAGAAGGCCUUCCCCCCGCCUUACCGUCCUACGAAAAUCAAAACGUAAAGUUUCG